UAGAUUAUAGAGCGCUGUGCGCGCGGCGGAUGGAGUCGCUGUUGUUUCUACAGUAGUGCUGCAGUUUGCAGGUGUAUCAGUCUGGGUCGUGUUGAAGGACACUAAGUACAAGUUUGGUAGCCGGAAUUUAUUUUAAUUUAUUUAUUUUUCGUGUGUUCUUUUAGCGUUUAUUUGGUUAGUUAGUUAAUGUAGCCUCAGUGCUGUGUGUGUCCAGCUGGAAGGGAAGCGCGUUCACGCUCAACGGUGUUAUCGGUUGGAGUUGGGAGUUGGAUUGAGGGAACAGCAGCGGCAGCAGCGGCUCCUACUGUUUUCCUUCGCUUUUUUGAGUCAAAACAACUUGAAACAAACGGACUUAUGGACAGUAUGCAAGACGACUUGCAGAAGGACUAAUAUAGCUAGACUUUGUACUCUUUAUCAUAGAUAUUAACGUAUAAAUUUACGUUAAAGUGCGACUAAACGGACAGUAGAAAGUGCCUCUCUCUCUCUCUGAGUGUCUGUGUCUCGCUAAGUAACCAAAGCAGCUAGUAGUUAGCAAGGUUAGCUAAGCUGCUAGCUAAAGCGCUAGCCAGACAGCAGCUCCUGGCUUUGUUUUGCUUGUGUAUUAUAUGAGCGAGGUUAGCUACUUAAGCUAGUUAGCUAACCUAGGUUACAUUUCUUAAAACAAGUCAACGCUUGUUUGUUUCAAGUAUUUUUUUUCUCGUAAAUUACAGUUGUAAUAUGUUUACUUGUUCACUAACGUUUCUGUUCUACUGAAAAAAAAGAACAGUCCGAAAUGCUGCUGCUGAGCUUUAAGAAUGAGAUAGCAAACGGUUAAAUGAGAAAAACACGGUUAUUUUUACGGAUAACCCUCUAAACCACAGCAGUCAGACCAGGACACACGUUCGGACUGACCAUGUCUUUCUUCAACUUUCGGAAAAUAUUCAAGUUGGGUCCAGAGAAGAAGAAAAAGCAGUACGAGCACGUCCACAGAGAUGUGAACCCAGAGGAGAUCUGGCAGAUUGUUGGAGAACUUGGGGAUGGAGCUUUUGGGAAGGUGUACAAGGCGCAGAACAAACAGUCCGGCAUUCUGGCUGCAGCAAAGGUGAUUGACACUAAGACUGAAGAGGAACUGGAGGAUUAUAUGGUGGAGAUUGAUAUCCUAGCAUCCUGUGACCAUCACCACAUAGUCAAGCUCCUGGACGCGUUCUACUAUGAUAGCAAACUCUGGAUUUUGAUUGAGUUUUGUGCUGGAGGAGCUGUGGAUGCUGUGAUGCUGGAGCUGGAGAGGCCUCUCACUGAGCCACAGAUCAGAGUGGUUUGUAGGCAGACUCUGGAGGCCCUGCUGUACCUGCAUGAGAUUAAAGUCAUCCAUCGGGACCUUAAAGCUGGAAACAUACUGCUCACGCUGGAUGGAGAAGUCAAACUAGCUGAUUUUGGGGUAUCUGCCAAAAACACUAAAACGCUCCAGAGAAGAGACUCCUUCAUUGGGACCCCAUACUGGAUGGCUCCAGAAGUGGUGAUGUGCGAGACUUCGAAGGACAGACCCUAUGACUACAAGGCAGAUAUCUGGUCACUGGGCGUCACACUGAUAGAGCUGGCUCAGAUUGAGCCACCCAAUCAUGAGAUGAACCCCAUGCGGGUGCUGCUGAAGAUCGCCAAGGCCGAUCCUCCUACUCUCAUGCAGCCUUCCAAAUGGUCUCCAGAGUUCAGCGACUUCCUGAAGCGCUGUCUGGAUAAGAACGUGGACAACAGAUGGAGUGCAGCUCAACUUCUUCAGCACCCAUUUGUGAGCAGUGUGACUGAUAGCAGGCCACUACGAGAGUUGAUAGCUGAGGCCAAGGCUGAAGUGACUGAAGAGAUAGAAGAAUCGAAAGAAGAAGAGGAGGACGAAGAUCAUGAAGGACAGCUGCUGCUUCCUGGACACAAGCGUGCUUCGUCUGACGCCAGUGUUGGAAGCUCUGAAGAUGAGAAGCUUUCCCAAUCACCCUCUACUUUGGAAGCAGUUCCAGAGACAACUGAGGAAGUCAGUCUCCCAAGUGUUAACAUUAAAGAUGCCAAGGUGAUUGAACCAGAAACCCCUAAAGUAGAAGCGAAUCACAUCAACGAACCACAACAGACCGCUGUUAAAGAACCUGUGGAGGUACCAUGCUCUACUGUGAAACCUCAGGACCUUAUAGAGACUGAAAUGAACACUACAGAAACUCCUGCUGAUUCUCCUGGUGUCAAACUGGAAGCUGCUUCCACUUCCCCUGUGGCAGUAAAGCCAGAGGAGGAGGUGAAACCAAAAGAACAGCCAGCAGAAGAAGGGGAGAAGGAGGUGGACACAGCUGAAAAUGUGACUAUGGUUGAGGAUAACGAUGAGGCGGUGAGGAAAGAGCCUGUCUCUGAGAUAUCUGCACCUCUUUCUGCUUUGGAUUUGAACAAACCAGUCAGUGAGGAUGCUGCAAGUCCAGUUAAGGUGUCAGUCACAGUGCCUGAGGAGAAACCUACACCUCCAAGCACUCCAGUAAAAGAAGAAGAGAAGAAAGAGAGAGAAGACGAGAAGGCUGCCAUGGAGAAAGAGCGGGAAACUCCUACGAAGCGAAGAUUUGAGAAGAAGAACUCUGAUUCAGGCAUUAGCUCUGCAGCAGAUAACAGCAGCAUAGAUCUGAAUCUGUCCAUCUCCAGCUUCAUAAGCAAAUCGAAGGAGUCAGGAGCCAUACAGGAUACAAAGCGUCAGAAGAAGACUCUGAAGAAGACCCGCAAAUUCAUCGUGGACGGAGUGGAAGUCAGUGUUACCACGUCCAAAAUCAUUACAGACAAUGAUACCAAAAAUGAGGAGAUGAGGUUCCUAAGGCGCCAAGAGCUAAGAGAGCUGAGGCUAUUGCAGAAAGAAGAACAAAGAGCCCAGCAGCAGCUCAGCAACAAACUGCAGCAGCAGAGAGACCAGAUCUACAGACGCUUUGAACAGGAAACUACGAGCAAGAAGCGUCAGUAUGAUACGGAGGUGGAGAAUCUGGAGCGGCAGCAGAAGCAGACCAUCGAGCGACUGGAGCAGGAACACACCAGCCGCCUCCGUGACGAGGCCAAGAGGAUUAAAGCUGAGCAGGACAAAGAACUCUCCAAGUUCCAGAACAUGCUCAAGAAUCGCAAGAAAGAGGAGCAGGAGUUCUUGCAGAAGCAGCAGCAGGAACUGGACAGUGCUUUGAAGAAGAUCAUUCAGCAACACAAGCACGAGCUUGCCACCGUGGAGAGGGACUGCCUUAACCACAAGCAGCAGCUACUCCGAGCACGGGAGGCAGCCAUGUGGGAGCUGGAGGAGCGCCACCUUCAGGAGAAGCACCAACUUCACAAGCAGCAGCUCAAAGAUCAGUACUUCAUGCAGAGACACCAGCUGCUCAAGAGACAUGAGAAGGAAAUGGAGCAGAUGCAGAGGUAUAACCAGCGUCUGAUCGAGGAAAUGAAGACGAGGCAGACUCAGGAGAGGACCAGACUACCCAAGAUCCAGCGCAGUGAUGCCAAGACACGUAUGGCCAUGUUCAAAAAGAGCCUACGCAUCACCUCUGUUGGGGUCACAGCCGAACAGGAGAGAGAGAAGGUCAAACAGUUUGCAGCACAGGAGGAGAAGAGGCAGAAGAAUGAAAGGCUCCAUCAGCAUCAGAAACAUGAGAACCAGAUGAGAGACCUUCAGCUGCAGUGUGAUGCUAACGUCAGAGAGCUACAGCAGUUACAGAAUGAAAAGUGCCAUCUUCUGAUUGAACAUGAGACGCAGAAGCUGAAGGAGCUGGAUGAAGAGCACAGUGCUGAGCUGAAGGACUGGAGAGAGAAACUGCGACCCAGGAAGAAGGCGCUGGAGGAGGAGUUUGCGCGGAAGCUUCAGGAGCAGGAGGUCUUCUUUAAGAUGAGCGGCGAGUCUGAGUGCCUUAACCCGUCCACACAGAGCCGCAUCUCCAAGUUUUACCCCGUCCCCAGCGUCCACUCCACAGGCUUUUAAUACACAAACAGACUCAAAAACACUACAAGCAUAGACAUGCUAAUUGCACAUAUCAGCAAAAAACUGACCAGAGGCAUUAUAACUACAGAAUACUUGAUGCACACAAGUCUGUUUUAGAACAGUACAGUUUUGACAGUUAGCUGAUACACACAUGUGCGCACACACACACACACACACUAAAAAUCAGUGUGAUUUACAUGGCAUUAUUUCUACUAUUAUGACUGAACCUUUGCUGCCUUAACCCUCUAGUCAAUAGAGGUUGAUAGAGGGGGGCUCACUUGUUCUGUAAAGAGGGUCUUUACAGCCCCUACUUUACUUUCUCUAUGGAAGGACUGAACUGUUCAUGUAUAAGCUAAACCCGCCGGGCUCAUGAAGGCUUUACAUUUAUAAACACUUAUCAACACUUAAUUUCUGUAGCAAUUUAACCCUAAGCUUGUUUAAAACUGUGAUAGAGAUAAAGUGGUGAAGGCUCGUCCUAAAACUAACAAAGCCAUUAGAAACCCUUAGAAGUCAUGAGUUUUGCUGUACUGUUCAAAUAUGAUUACAUAUUUAAACACUGAUGUAAUCAGUUGCAUUAACAUUGACUUUCCAGUCAGUUUCAGAGUCAAAUUGUCAAGUAAAUGUAAUGUUAAGUCUUUUAAAACAAGCCAAAGUACUGCAGUUAUUGGUUUGGUGUGAAUUGGUGUUCCCACCAAUGUUAAUGUAAAGUUACAUUUAAAAUUAAUCUAUACUGGCACUUGUACAGUUUGUUUACACUUGGUAUGAGUAACAGCCAUUGAGUAACAGAUUUAACAUAUUUCUGAGCUGGCCUGUGUUAAUUGCAACUACUUCUUUGACUUCUAAUGGUUAAAAAUGAGAAAAGUGAAUAAUUAAUUAUUUAGUUUUUUAACUGGUGGUUCUAGUGCCUAAGCAGUUCGUGUGCAUGCAUUGGCUUUUUUUUAAUGGACACUGACUUACACGACCCCUAGCUUUGCACUAAAAAAGACAUUUUGAUGUGAAAGUAAAAAUUUAAUGAAUGAAUGAAAAGUUCUGAUGACAAAAACACAUGAAAACAUUGCAAACUACAAUGAAAUGAAGCAAAAAUUCACUGGUAUGAAAUGCACAGUGGCUUCAGUAUGGACUAAAACCCUAUCUGGACAGGAUUAGUUUCUCAGGGGUCCUGGAGUAAUUUUCUACUUUAUUGGGGUCCUCUGUGAUUUUAAUCCCAUUUGGAACAACUCACUGGUCCAGUCCAGAUGCAGUUUUUUUUAUCACUGAGUAGAAGUGUGAACUAUUUUUCACAGACUACCCCCCUGAGAAAUGAAUCCUGUCCGGAUAGUGCUUAAGAUGACUGCACAUGCACUGAAAUUUACAGCACAAUAAAAAAAAAAAACUACAAAUUAAAAAAGGUGCAAGUAGCAAUUGUGGGUCUAAGCAAAUCAGACCCAAAGAGAGAUAAAGAACCAGAGAGCUCUGGUUUGGAAGUUAAAAACCACAAGCAAGCAAACAAAGAUAAUUUUCAGCUAAAUGAUUUAUCCUGGAGGCAUUUCGGGGAGUAUUUUUUAAGAUUAGUUUUGUUAAAUUUGAAUUAAACACAAACAAAAUCACUGAACCUGCAAGUGGCAAUUGUGAGUCCAAGCAUGAAAGCCAAUUGAGACCUAAACAAUCAAUGUUUGUGUAGAGUUUGGAGUUUGCAGAGCGCUUGGACCCUGAAUGAAUAAAAACAAAAAAAACAAAAGCCAUACUGUUGGUAUAUGCAUAUCAGUUUGAUUUUUUUUAUGCAAACCUCAGCCUAUUGUACAUCACUGUGGUAUAGAAAGUGCACCUGUAGCCGUUUUUACUAUAUGAAUAUGCAAUGUAAAACUUUGAGAAUCUGAAUGAAACAUAUCAGCCAAGUGUAGCUUCUUGUAUUUCUUUUUUUCUACAAGAGAAAAUACACUCUUACAACAUCUCAGUACCAAAUACUGUAAUGAUUUUAAGCUAGAAUGCAUGAUUUUAAUUUUUUUUGUUUUUUCUUUGAGAAUUAUCAGUAAAAUACUAUAUUUUAGUAGUUGAUAAAAAUUGAUGAAUUUGUAUAGAGCACAGUUGUAGCCUUUUGUGUUUUCAUGCCAUUUUUUUUAUCUAUGCUAACAGAAGUUAAGAGCAUGUCUGAAGUUUUUUUUGAGUUAUUACAUUUUUGAGGUAUUAAAUGAUGGCAUUAUCUAAAAGCAAGUGGAGAAGAAUAGUUUAAAAAGUUAAAUUUCCUUCAAGCUCUUUUUAAAAAAGAUGAAUGAUUUAAUACCUGUUUGGUGGGUUUUGUUUUCAUGCUGUGAUCUGAUUGAACACAAUGCUAGUGACACCAGUGAGUCUGCUAAACGUGAGACGGUGCUGUGCGCUUUCCCACAAGUUAAAAAACACACUUUUACCAGUGACUGAAUUUGUAGGUUUAUUAGAUAUGUAUGUAAUUGGACACUACGUUCAGUUCUAGCUUGGCCAGUGUGGUUUUUCAUGUAUUCGUCCUUUCAAAUUUUGCAUUUGUGUAAUCGCUCUCAAUACAUUUCUCUUCUGACUAGAAAUAUGUUUUGUAUCCAUUUCCAGUGUGUAAGAAAUGAGUAGUGUAAACAUGUAAGAAACACUGUAUUCACAUCAAUGAUCAAGUCAUUGUGAUUUUAGGAAGCUACUGUUGAUUUGCAGUCAUUUUACUGUAAUAAAACAUUUGUUAAAUAAA